UUAAGCACCAAUCCCAGUAUUACACCAGUAACGUCUUAACAAGCUGCUCUAAAGGGCUUAGCCAACAAGAUUAGGGAGCAAAAAAAAAUCUCUCUCAAUGGGCCAUCUGCCUACCUGUGGCCGCGAGCUGUUCUUCAGCACCACACCUUCCUCAGCCCACGGAAGAAAGGAGGAAAGGAGGCCAUCACUUUAUUUUUCCUUCCUAUUUCACCUGCAUUGCUUGCUGUUUUGGGUUUUAGGCUAGGUUUCUGUGCAGCACUUUGAGAUAUCAGCUGAUGUAAGAAGGGCUUUAUAAAUAAAUGUGAUUUGACUUUAUCUAAUCACUUCAUAAUUAUUGGUGAGGGACUGAUGCGUUUGCUGGAUUUUGAACUAUGCAAUCUCGUAAGGAGGGACUAAUACCAUUUUUCAACCCCUCUGAGUUAAAACUACUACGGAUUUAAGAUGUCGGACUCUUUAUUGAAAUGUAUUUUGUGUACACUUCCGUUCAUUUUAGCGUUCACACUUUUGGGAAUAAGAACAGAUGCUGCAUCUGGAGAAGGACCUAUUCUUCCUGAUGGACAGGAUCUUUAUUUCAAAACAGUUGGCAUUUCACCCAUUCUAUCAGUUCCUCAAAGCAUAGUUCAUUCACCUGUCCUCAAGGUUUCAAACAAGGACCAUGGAGCUACCCACCGGCAGAAGCGCAAUGUCCUUUUCCCCAGCGGGGUCAAACUCUGCGGGCAGGAGAGUGUGCAACAAGCCAUCGCAAAUCAUCUCAGCUACUUUCACCUUCGAGUGUGUCAGGAGACGGUGUGGGAAGCCUUCAAGAUUUUCUGGGACCGCCUCCCGAACCAGGAGGAGUACCAGACCUGGAUGAGGCGGUGCCUGGACGGCAAGACCACCGCUCUGGAGAUGGGCAACAACUUCAGCCAAUCAGAGGAGCACCUGGCUCUGGUUGAGAGUAGAAUGUCAGUGACGGGGUUAAAAAGUGAUGCCACCAACUCAUGGUUACAUAUGUGCAGCACCCAGACUCCAGACACAGAACAGGAGGCUCAAGAGGUUGUCGGCGAGGUCAUCAUAGAGGAGCCAGAGGCUGCGGAGGCGGGGCCUUCCAAAGAACCCACAAAUGACAUAGAGAUGGAGGUGUUGGCGCGGGUCCACCUGGAGCAGGUGGUGGAGCUGAGUAUCUUGUUGAAGGGAGAGACGUACAGCGAUGCUCUCAGAGACCCUGCCAGCCUCCAGUACCAGACACUCAACCAGCAGUUCACUGACAAGAUAAAGGAUGCUGUGGGGGGGCUGCCAGGCUUUAAGAGUGUGGCUGUGCUGCAGUUCAGGCUUCAGAAGGACGCCCAAGGGUUGGAUGGUGUGGUGGUGGUCUAUGCAGUGACAGUGGAGGUGGAAGGGGAGGGGGUGAGCAGUGACCAGCUGGACUACCUGACCCUGCAGUCCAAUCUGGUGGAGAACUCCUACAGAGAGGUGAAGGAGAGGAACUACAUCACUGAGGCCCAGCACAAGGACAACAUUAUCAGUGAUACUCUGGUCCUCGACCCUGACUCACUGCAACUAUAUACUGUGUCCAGUGUUACUGAGUCAUUUGAUCCCACCCCUGGAAUACCCGGGGAUUACACCAACGGCAGUGUGGAGGACAUUUUGGCUGUUGAGAUGACUCCAACCGAGGUUGAAGCACAGGAUGUAGCGACGGGGGAGAAUGAUGUCAUUGUUGUAGAGGAGAGCAUGACCCUCCCCGCUGAGGUGACCAUCGAUGACACAAGCAUCGAGGAGGAGGUUCUGCUGUUGGGGAACACCGUGUCUACAGAGAGCCCUUUGUUGGAGGACCUCCCUACAGACCCUACCUCCCCUGAGCAGCCAAAGGGUGCUACGCUCCCCGAGCCUCCUCUGGAGAUUGAGGCCUCUGGUUCAGGUGUUAAAGUACUGAAGGACUUGCACUUCCAGCCUGAGGAAGAAGAAGCCAUAGAAGAAGAGCCAGCUCCAGAAGAGGAACUGACCAUAGAAGAAGAGCCAGCUCCAGAAGAGGAACUGACCAUAGAAGAAGAGCCAGCUCCAGAAGAGGUAAUCAUCGAGGAAGAUAUCCAAACAGAAGAAGCAGAAGCGGUAGUCUCCGAGGAAGAUAAGGUAGAGGAGGAAACAGUGGAGGUCCCUGACACAGUAGAGGUUCUAGAAGAGGAAGCUGGACCCUCUGAAGACCUAGAGUACUCCAUCAUAGAGACGGAGACCAUUGAAGAGGUAGAGGAAGAGGCCCCUGCCUUCGUCCCUGUGGAAAUGAUGGAAGCUCCCGAGCCAGUGGGGGGCCUCGGUGUCCCCGAGAAUCCCCUUGCCAUUGCGACUCUGCCCCCAGAUGAACCUGAAGAGGAGACUAACGUGGUGCUGGCUUAUCCUGAAUAUGGAGAGGAAAUUGAGAGCUUAGAGGGACCAAUCAUCGAGAAGCCAUUAACUAAAGUGGAUGCUGUGGAAGUGGAGGAAGAGGUGGCAGAAGAAGUGGUCGUUGAAGUUCCGGACAUUUCUGAGAUCUCGGAGGAGGACUUGGAAGAAGACGAGAUCUUAUUGGUCGAUGAGGCUGCUCCGGACGCCACCCACACCACCCCUCUCUCUGCGGAGAAAGAGUCACCCUUCACCCGAGUCUCUGAUUUCAUAGUAUUGGAGGAGGUUACAGAGGCCACAGCCCUGGACACAGCCCCAGAACCAGAGGCAGAACAGGAGGACCAAGGGGUCACCCCAGCUCUCAUACCCGCCGAGUACCACCCUGAUCCCGACAUUUCUAUCACUCUGGAGCUGCAGACGAUAGACCCUGUGACAGACUAUGACCUGGUCCACUUCGGCGGGACAAACCAAACAGAGGAAGGGAGCAGUGGGUACCCUUCUGGAGUGGUAAAUGGUACAGACCACAGCAUUGCCAUGCCAAUCAACCCAGGGCGGGCUCUGAUGGUGUUCUUUAGACUGAGGGUCACCAACAUGAUGUUCUCAGAUGACCUCUUCAAUAAGAGCUCUGCAGAAUAUAAGGCCUUAGAACAAAGGUUCCUCGAGCUGCUGGUCCCCUACCUCCAGUCCAACCUUACUAACUUCCAGAAUCUGGAGAUCCUGAACUUCCGGAAUGGGAGUAUCGUGGUCAACAGUCGGAUGAAGUUCGGGAGGCCGAUGCCUCGCGGCGUCAACAAUGCAGUCUACUUGAUCCUGGAAGACUUCGCUAACACAGCCUACCAAACUAUGAACCUGGCCAUCGACAAGUACUCACUGGAUGUAGAGUCAGGUGACCAGGCCAACCCCUGUAAGUUCCAGGCGUGUAAUGAGUUUGCCCAGUGCUCUGUGAACCGCUGGUCUAGCGAGGCAGAGUGUGUGUGUAAUGCUGGCUACUUCAGCGUGGAAGGUCUGCCCUGUCAGAGCAUCUGUGAACUGCAGACAGACUUCUGUAUGAACGACGGGAAGUGUGACAUCAUACCUGGACAGGGGGCCAUCUGCAGAUGUCGUGUAGGGGAGAACUGGUGGUACCGUGGAGAACACUGUGAGGAGUAUGUGUCAGAACCUCUGGUGGUCGGCAUAGCGAUAGCCUCUGUAGCAGGUUUCCUAUUGGUGGCAUCUGGUGUGAUCUUCUUCCUGGCGAGGACACUACGGGAUCAGUACGAUAAGGAUGAGGCCGAGGACCCUAUACGGCGAGGGGAGAGUAUCCCGUCUCUAGAGAGGGCCACUAAGUACAACCCCAUGUAUGAGAGUGAGGCCACGACAGGCUACAGCCACUACUACCGCCGCUACCCAGAAGCCCCGGUCUACAGCAGCGCCAGCGCCGAGGCCUCCACAGACUUCAGCAGUGAGGAGAUACGCCACAUCUACGAGAACAGCGAACUGACCAAGGAGGAAAUCCAGGACAGGAUACGCAUCAUUGAACUCUAUGCGAAGGACCGGCAGUUUGCAGACUUUGUGCGGCAGCAUCAAACUGCCUUGGAUACACGCAGACAGAGCACCCUUGAUAAACGCAGAGAGAGCACGUCCACGUAGCCCAGUAUGGGACACUCAGCUGUAUGCUGGACAACAAGGUACCUUAUCCUUAACUUUGCUCUUUCCCCGCCCUGCUCUUCCUCCUUUGUCAGUGCCUUCUCUCGAUUGGGUGAGCUCUGCUGGAAUGGGUGUGGUGGCUGUGGGCAUAUCUGCUGCUCAUUGGAUGUCUUCCUUUGGGGGAAGACCGCCCCCCUCCAUCUGGAAUCAUAUUCGUUACUUGAAAUGAUGACAAACAAAACGCAAUGCUCUCUAGGAUACCUGUUCUUUAGGUAGCAGAUAAGACAUGAUAGAGUAUUACAUUUGCAUUUAAUGUCAUAUCUCACCCAGUUGUUGUUGACGGAAGAAUGUAGCACUGUGAAAGUGUAAAUAUUUAUCCCAUUGGAAUGUUGGAUAGGUACUGUAACGUGUGAUUAUCACUCUAUCUGCUAAUGUGUUGUAUGGACUGUUAUGGUUAAAGAACUGUAUGAACUAGAGACUUAAAGGGAUGGUCUAUACCAGGGGUGUGCAACUCAGGACCUCAGGCAACUCAGGACCUCAGGCAACUCAGGACCUCAGGCAACUCAGGACCUAAGGCCCUCUGGCAACUCAGGCCCUCUGGCAACUCAGGCCCUCUGGCAACUCAGGCCCUCUGGCAAGUCAGGCCCUCUGGCAACUCAGGCCCUCUGGCAACUCAGGCCCUCUGGCAAAUCAGGCCCUCUGGCAAAUCAGGCCCUCUGGGAUCUCUGUUGUCUGAGUUUCUGGCUAGUAGUAAGCCUAGGUAGUGUUCUCCUGAAGUUGGGAGAAGCUAGUUGGAUGCACUCUGUGGGCAAAUCUUAAAUCUCAGCCCUCUAUGGCUCUGGUGAAAAGUAGUGCACUAUGUUGGGAAUAGGGUGUACUUUGACAUUUUAGGAAAAGUGGACAAAUGAAGGGCGAAUCUUCAAUUUUUGUUCAGCUGCAAUAAUUUUUCCCCUCUUCUUUCCCUCCUUCUCUAUCCCUCACUCUCUCUCUACAUCAGGAAGCAGUUGGAGUUUGUUUUCUGUAGGAAAAAAAAGUAUUACGAGAGAGAGGGGGAGAGUGGGAGAGGGGGAGAGAUUUUGCUGAAGGACCAAAAUAUAAGUGAAAACACAUUUAGAAUGGAAACAAUCUUCAAGGGGAUUUGAUCAGCCAGUCUGUUUCCAGAUAUGUGUUAGAAAACAUUCAAGAAAGUAUAUCAAAUGUACAUGCGUAAACAACAUGUGCUCUGUGGAUAAGCAAACUCUUAGCAGCGGCUUUUAAAUCAAAUAAAAAUGAGCCAGAAACUUGAAAAUGGUCCAUUCUGUAACCACUAGUUUGGACACCGUCCUUGCUUUACCCUGUAAGUAUUUCACAUGAAGAGGACUGGUUUCCAGUGAAUCCUCAAAGUUGCAUCUCUUCAUGCUGUAGGUUUACUUUUCCACAUUUGUUUUGACUGUGAAUAGUCAUAGGAAAUCAUAAGAAUACACAGGUUGAACUCAAAUGGCAACAUAUUCCCUAUAGUGCACUACUUGCCUAAAGUAGUGCACUAUACAGGUUAAAGUGUCCAUUUGAGAUGUGACCACAGACAUUUAAGAUGUUUCCUGAUUUAGGUUUACAUUUAAUGUUAUCCUGUCCUUUUCUCUCAGGCUUCUGUAUGGCUCCACACAAGCGAGAACACGGGUUACUGUGGUUAAGCACAAGCUUACCUUCCACUUAUGAUAUCGUCAUGCCUUUUCAAUCUGUGUGUUUGUUUUUAUACACAUUUUCUCGUGUGCAUAAACUGGUUUUUCUCAACAUUCUCUUCCUUCAUCGGGACUCAUAGCCAAUGGGAUGGAUCCAGAACGCUGUGAUGUAAAUACUAUCCGAGUGUCGUGGUAUGUUCUUUACACUAGAAUGUCAAUGGAAUGAGCUUGAAAUGUUGACCUGUUUUGUUGUACAAAAUGAUGAUUAUUUUUAACGUAAGCACUGGUGGAUAUUUAAACAAAUAUUACAUUACUACUUGCAGUUAUGUCAAUGUUUAUUCUUAAAAAAUUAAAUGAAGCAAUAAAUAAAACUAGCCGUUUUCUA